AAGAAGUACAACAUUUUCGAAAUAUAUUAUUUUAAUCGAAACUUUUGCAUUUCGGCUAGAUACUUAAGAUAAUACUGGUCGUGGUACUAUAUUUACUGGAUCUGUUUUAAAAGUUCCCGACGUGCAAAGUUCAGAAGGCCGUCGGUCGAGAUGGGAACUUUGUCUUUGAGCGAUUACAAGGAAGUGAGAAUCCCAGCACCUUGGGGUCACAUCUCAGGUCGAUGGUAUGGCAAUCGUACUGAACGACCGAUCUUGGCAAUCCACGGAUGGUUGGACAAUCUGGGAACCUUCGAUCGUUUGAUUCCCCUACUUCCCGACUAUAUAGGAGUGCUAUGCAUAGAUCUUCCCGGACAUGGAAGAUCCUCCCGUCUUCAGCCGGGAAUGCAUUACAACAUGUACGAUUAUGUUUAUAUUAUUCCCCGUGUGAUGAAGGAGUAUGGUUGGACAAAGGUCUCCCUAAUGGGUCAUUCCCUAGGUGGCAUAAUGAGCUUCAUUUACGCCUCCUUGGCUCCUCACACGGUGGACAUGGUCAUCUCUCUGGAUAUUUUGUUGCCCAAGCCAUUGGGAGAUCCUAGAGAGGCACUUGCUCAAGUUGCCCAGGAUAUGGAGAAGCAUUUGGUAGAAGAAGGUCGUCAGGAUGAGGCAAAUCUGCAUGAACCCCCCUCUUACACCCUCUCUCAGUUGACCAAAGUGCUCGCCAAAGGGAGUUUCAACUCUGUAACCCCUGAAUUCGCUAAACACCUGCUCUAUCGCCAGGUGGGCAAGUCUCAGCUGUUUCCAGACAAAUUCUAUUUCUCCCGAGAUGGAAGGGUCAAAUUCUAUUUCUCCAGCCCUUUAGAACCAGGACUUGCUGAGAUGGCGAGGAGGAUCGGAAGAAAGCCCUAUCUUAUAAUAAAAGGAUCAAAAUCACCGUAUGUGGGAUAUCAAUGCGACGAACCCAUGUCCAUCCUGCGCCAAAAUAAUCCCCAUUUUGAGUUCUACGAGGUGGAGGGUGGUACCCAUCACGUUCAUCUUCAUGCCGCCGAGGAGUGCGCCCGUUAUAUAGUGCCCUUUAUAAGGCAUCAUAGACCUCCAAUUUUGACCUCUUGGUCUUUAAAUGGACAGGAACAGCAGCUAAGCUCAAAGGAAAAACGCAGGGUUCAGGAGAAAUUCUUUGAAAGGAGUAAAAUUAAACUCAGCAAACUGUGAA